ACAGUGGUAUUGCAAGUAAAAAAAAAACGUAAACGUGAAGAGUGAAUUUGUGGUUUUUAGUGAAAUAGUGAAUGAUUUUAGCGUGUACAGGUGGAAAUUUAGUGACUUUCUGCCACCAAUGGUGAAAGGGGUUGGCAUUUAGUGAUAAUGUGCGACGUGUGCGCGGAUUUUCUGCAUCUCCUCACCACCCAUGAGACCAGAAUCAGCAACAACGAACUCAAGCACCAGCAUCUGCAGAAGAAUGAGGUGGACAUUGCAUUUGCUUACAUUCAGACCUGGCCACAGAGACAGUGCAUGUGCUGCUAUCGGGAUGUGAAGAAUUUCGAGCGUUUCAAUUUAAUUGUCCAGUCCAUAAUAUGCUUGACCAUUUCCCAGUUGAAGAAUAUCAAAGCGAUUCUCGAGGAGAGUCAGACAAAUAAUAAUAAUCCGGAAGAGCCGGGAAAUGGGGCUGAGGGUAAGGAUGUCAAGGUGGCUGGAGAGGUGCAGGAGACUAAGCCAGCAUCUCCAGUUGCCCCUGUGCCCAAUGUGGUGAAGCCCAAAGAGGCUGGUAGUUCCACAUGGAGCCUUCCGGAACUCGAAAGGGUUCUCAUUGUGAUCUCUAAGGCCUUCCUCCUCAAUUUUCCCCUCUAUGUGGCCUAUAAGCAUGGGGUGCAUUCGCGCCUGGAUGAUAUUUCUGCCCAGGAUGCCAAUAGCUUGAGCAUCUUCUGUGAUCUCCAUGACAAUGAGAUCCCUGCCUUUCUCCUCCGAAAUGUCUCUGUCUUCUGCAAUUGUGGUGGCUUUGCUGCCAUGGCACUCUGCUUCGAACAAUCCAAUCUGCCCGUGUCCACAGCUCAUGCCAUCACAGCUGCCAUCUCCAAUGUCAAACUCUGGCUCAACUAUCGCAGUAUUGCACAGCUCUUUGUGCCCCUGCGCAUCAAGGUGCUGCAGUACAUGUGCAAACUCAAUGAUCAGGACCUAAGGUCACCAGCUACGAAAUCCAUGGCAGAAUUCAUGUGGGCAGCCAUCAAAGAUCCCCUAGAUUCCCAAAUUACCUUUGACAUGGAAGGAUUAACGCUGGCAUUCAAGUACUUCACUUCCACUACGCUCACUAUGCGCCUUUCCGGAAUGGCUCAGAUCAAUGCUCACAUCAAUCUCUUCAAUGACAUCUGCACCUCGGACACUGUGGCAGAAGUUGAGGUGGUUGGACAGAAAUUGGCAGAUUGGUUGACAGAAAAUCAAAUCAUUUCGCAUCUUUUCGGGCCCAAUUUGCACGUGGAAGUCAUCAAGCAAUCUCAUAUUGUCCUGAAUUUCCUGGCUGUGGAGAAUCAAAUCACCGAAGAUCACAUCAAUCUCAUCUGGCAGGCAGCUCAGCUGAAGCACUGCUCCAAGCCAAUCUACGACAUCCUUCCCUCCCUGGUGAAAAAUCUGGCUCCACGGCCAGCUAUGCAUCUCUAUCAACUUCUGUGUCGCCUGGAUCCCAAGGAGCACACUGAACAGAGCAUUUACAUAGCCUCCGCCCUGACCAAGCUCAUUUGGUCCCGUGACAGCUGUCGUCAGUCCAGUGUUGACAGUUUUUUCGGCAGUGGAAGUGUCACUGGAGCCAGUGGAACUGCCGGAACAUCCCUAAUGCGCAAUGUCCCAACAGUGGCUUCCAGCUCAGAGAACAGUGUCAGCAUCGAGGGCAGUAACAGCGAAGAGGAGCAACAGGAGGAAGAUAGCUCCGAGGGCAGAAAGAGUCCAAUUGAAGUGGAAGGAUCAGAUUCCGGAGCUCCUCCGUGCAAACAGGCCAGGCACAAGAAUUGCUGCGGUGAAACCACUGAUGAGAGCACGAAAGUUGAGGCUGAUGCUGCCGAUGAAGUGGAAUGUGAGAAGGGAAUUCCACCUACAUUGACCAUAAUGGGUCAGCGAAUAUCCAUUCUGCCAGAUGGAUCUAGCAGUGAUGAUGGUCUCGAUGCUUCGGAGAAUUUUUCUGUGAUGCGAAAGCGUCUGCGGAAGCGUCGGAAGAUGCGUGUUCUGUCGAAGAAGCAAAUGCAGCAGAUCGCUGAGAUGUCAGAUGGGGAAUCGCAUAGCGAUGGGGCUGUUGUGGGGAAUGAUAGUGAUUGUAGUGAGACACAUUUACCAUCGGCUGUUCUCAGUCAUUUGCAUUCAGAUGGAUCAUUUAUUGGGGCCAUUUCCGAGGGGCAAUUGAUGGAUUUACUGAGUGGCGCUGAGAAUGAUGGAAGUUAUUCGUCACCAAUGAGCAAUAAAUCUGAGAAGAAUAUGGCAGAUUUCGAUGAUGAAGAUUCUCCAUGUGAAGAAGAAUUGGAACAAUUGGCAGCCAGAGGACAUUGUCUGGCGGCUUUUACUUUACCCAGAUCCAGGACAAUUGCCAGUGUUUUGGGAAAGAGUGAAAAGGUUGUGGCUAAGAGUGUGGAGAAAUCGAGUCAGGAAAGUGCAAAUUCCUCAGCAUCGUCCACCACGACACAAGGAGGAAGUUUCAAGCUCAAUGAUGUCUGUCAGCCGGGUAAUACACUUCUCUGGGAUUUGCUGCAGGAUGACAAAAUUGGACAGUUGGGUGAAUCUCUGGCACUGGAAGCUGAAAAGGCAUUGGGGACUCUUUUGUGCUUCAAUACGGACAAAUUCAUCCGGAUGCGCUUUGUGGAGGGAUGCUUGACGAAUUUGGCCAAUAACAAAAGUGUCAUUGUCUGCUUACGUCUUCUGCCCAAGAUGUUUGCCAGCUUUCAGCAAUUUCGUGCCACAGACACGCAUCAGGUGACAAUGUGGGCUGAGAGGCAGCACAAAAUGAUGCAUCAUUUCUUCAAUAACCUCAAGUAUUAUGCUGUGUCCACGAAGACGCAGAAUCAAGGGCAGAUUCUCAAUCAAAGUGGUGGUUUGAUGUAUUCACACUUGACACAGGUGCAGGUUCGUUUGCAGUUCCUCACGUCUGUGUUCAGUUCAAUGGGAUCUCCGGAACCCUUUAGGCUCAGUUUAGAGCAAGUUGAUGCUCUCUGGGCGUGGUUGGCCAAUGAUCCAGAAUGUUCCGAUUGUUUAUUUGCAUGGCUUCAGACACAGGCUAAAGGGAGUGGAGAUCAGCAUGCUUUGGGUAUUGAUACCCUUCAGCAUCUCUAUAUCCGAAAAUUGCCGGAAUUGCGUCCUGAGGGAAUAUCCAUGGUGGCUUUAGGAUUAUUUCAGCAAUUGUGCAGUUUAGCACGAUUUGCGGCACAUUAUGAUACAGGAUCGGAUAUGUCACUGGAUAUUGUAGGUAUGAGUCAUUUGUGGAAGAUUGCACUGAGAGCUAGCAAUACUGAUGUGUCCUUGGCGGCAAUUCAGUACAUCAAUUCGUACUAUAUGGGGCAACAGUUGAAGUUGGAGAAGGAAUUUGUUGCACAGUGCAUGAAUCAUUUGACCCAGGCAGCUGAGGAUCUCAAUUGUGUGGAUAAUCAGGAACAUGCAUUGAUGUGUGUUCAGCGAGCUCUGAUGCUCCUCAAUACGCAUUUAGAGACCUUUAGACGACGCUAUGCAUAUCAUUUGCGCCGAUGGGCUCUAGAAGGUAAGGGUAUUGCUACGCACAGUGCAUUGAGAAGUGAAGGACCAGGUCCACCAAUAAGGAUAAUUCUUCAGCCGGCUGGAGUUCCGGAUAAAUCCAUUUUGCAUCUUCAUUCGACGGACUUGGUGGCUGAUCUGAAGGCCGAAGUGGCCAAAUGGUGGGAAUCUAUUCAGAGUGGAGUGAAAUCAUCUGGAGCUACUGCUCCUGUUCUGGGGUUGCUGUUGAGCGAAGGACCCCUGAGAAUCAUAACGCAGGGGCAGGAGAUAACAGCGGAGUAUGAUGAGAGGAGCCUUGCAGAUGUAGGUUUCAAGGACAAUCAAAUGGUGUAUGUGUCCUUGGGUGGAAGAAGUAGUGGAAGACGUCGAGAUCCUGGAGAUCAUCCGUCACUGCAACCACCACCGCCGAAAGAGUGUCUGCCAACUGUACUCCUCCUUCAGCCCAAAUACUUUGAGCAAUUGUUCAAGCUAAUGCAGACUCUGGGAGAUAUGAAGACGUUGGGGAAAGGAGGCAACCGUCAACCUCAUACUAAAGCUCAAUUGCUAUCAAGGAGAGUUUGGGAUAUCCUAGCAAUGCUCCCAACGAGUCCGACACUUCUGGAAAACUUCAAGAACAUUAUGCAUCAAAAGGCAGGGAAGAUGGAGAAGAAUGAGGAAGAGAUGGACACAGAGGCAUCAGAUAAACCAUCAAUGAUGAACGUUGAGGAUUUGUUGGAUCCGAGGAAUCUUCAAAAAUUCAUGUAUUCCCUCCAUAUUGUUGAGAGUCUCUGCAAAACGAAGUUCUCCACGGGAAAGAUUCCCGAGAAGUCUCCAGUAAAAUCUCAAACGAUUAAAACAUCCAAUUUGCCCAAAAGUGGUCCAAAACAGCCUGCAACCAAGCCUAUUCAGGCAAAGAAAGUCACUACGAAUGAGAAAGGGGAAGAUGUUCUGCUAUGCAAUACACCAAUGGAACUUGAAGAGCAAGGAUCGGGAGUUGAUAAUGCAGGAAAUCGUUCAGAGAACGCAGAUGUUGCUGCUGCUGCAGAAGAGGCAAAAGCAAUGGAAAUUGCAGAAACGGAAAAUGUUCCACCGGCAACUGAUGUGGAAAAUCAACCACCUCCAGAUGCGAAUAAGACUAAGAAAGUUCAUACUCCGGAAAUUAUGAUAUCUUGGAGUACUAUCUUUGUCAAGUGUGGUGGCUUGAGGAAACUCUAUGAUAUUCUAAUGUCGGGAGUUCUUCAACCAGAUGAAAGUUCAGGAGAUGACUUCAAUGAAUGGAGACACGAUUGCCUAGCGAGUUUACUGCGGAUUCUGUGUUUACUGGGAGUUGAGGAGAUGAAACCCGAUGAUACAUUACUCACAAUACCCAAAUUGAAUGAGUACAUGUUGCCUAUGAUGGCGGUUAGACCGACUCUGAAGAGGCUGUCGUCAAUCUUGACAGAUUCUUCUCUUCCCCUCAAUCCGCAUCACUUCAAGACGGGCAUUUGGGGAAGAGCUCAAGUCAUUCAUUUCACCAUGAAUCUCCUAGUUUGCUUUGUGCAUUCAUCGCCACAGGCAAGAGAGCAACUUUGGUCAGAUCCAGAUAACUGCACAUGGCUACAGAGAUUGAUUCUCAAUGAUCCUGAGCCAGCAGUUCGAAGGGAAGCUUGUGCUGGACUCUACAGAGUUUGUUUGGGAAAUGCCAAAACUUUCUACGAAAUCACAGCGCCUCUCCUCUCAAAAUUGAUCAGUUUCAUCUCAAUUGCUGAGAAGAUGACGUGUCAAAAUCAAAAUAUUAAUCUAGCAACAGAUGAGGGUAAAGAACCCUAUGGACCAGCUUGUAGAGAUUACUUCUGGUUGCUAUGUCGACUGGUUGAUACAAUGACGGCAGAGAUGAUGAAAGAAGGCCUGGACGCGCCUCAAACUUCCGCCAUUGACAUUGAGAAUCUCUGUAGGCAGGUGUCAAAGAGUAUUUUGGAGAGGGAGUUUUUGGAAGUGAGACAUGGACAUCAGGAUGAUGGUCUUGUUGGAUUGGUUAACCUUAUGGCUAAUCUCAUAAAGUUUGAUCCGCCAUUUAAGCAGAGUACCGAUGGUCAGGAAUUUAUUGAGAGGAUUUUUGAGUGUCUCUUUGAUUUGCCGUCAGCUGACAAUCGUCAAAAGCCGAAGUGUAAGUCACAACCAGCUCGAGCUGCUGCCUAUGAUUUGUUAGUGGAGAUGUCAAAGAAUUCAGCAAGGAAUUAUGCUCUGUUGCAUGGAAAAUUGAUGGAACAACACAAAUCAGGACCACAUUCAUCGUAUCCAUGGGAUUACUGGCCACGAGAAGAUGGAAGGUCAGAAUGUGGCUAUGUUGGACUCACAAAUUUGGGUGCAACAUGCUACAUGGCUUCCUGUAUUCAGCAUCUGUAUAUGAUGCCACAAGCAAGAGAAGCUGUCCUCAGUGUUCCACCUCAAAAUGCACUUAAGCAUGCCAAUACAUUGCAUGAACUUCAGAGGAUGUUUGCGUAUUUGAUGGAGAGUGAGAGAAAGUCAUACAAUCCCCGAUCAUUCUGUAGGGUCUAUCAGAUGGACCAUCAGCCGUUGAAUACGGGCGAACAGAAGGAUAUGGCGGAAUUUUUCAUUGAUCUCGUGUCAAAACUCGAAGAGAUGACACCAGAUCUUAAGAGUCUGAUCAAGAAUCUGUUUUGUGGUGUCUUGAGUAACAAUGUGGUAUCACUGGAUUGUGGACAUGUUAGUCGGACCCUCGAAGAAUUCUAUACGGUACGCUGUCAAGUGGCUGAUAUGAGAAAUUUGCAUGAAUCUCUCGAUGAAGUGACAGUUAAGGAUACCCUCGAGGGUGACAACAUGUACACAUGUUCGCAGUGUGGAAAAAAGGUGAGAGCUGAGAAGAGGGCAUGUUUCAAGAAACUCCCUCAAAUUCUCUGUUUCAACACAAUGCGCUACACCUUCAACAUGGUGACGAUGCUCAAGGAGAAGGUCAAUACGCACUUCUCUUUUCCAAUGCGCCUCGAUAUGUCGGGAUAUUCAGAGAAAUCUCUGAUGCCACAGUACUAUCAGGAAGAGAAGAAGAAGAUGCAACUGCGUCGAUCAAGUUCGCGAUCAUCCAACAAUACAGAAUCCCCAGAUGUGUCAACCACGGAAAAGAAGAAAGAUACAUCGCCAACAUCGAGUAUGGAGAGUUCUGCUGAAACUUGCGAAGCAAGUGAAAGGAGUUCCAAUGAAAUGGAUGAAGAUGAAGAUGAAUUCAUAGAUCACUUUGAGUAUGAUCUUGUUGGGGUGACAGUGCACACAGGAACAGCCGAUGGUGGUCACUACUAUAGUUUCAUCAAAGAGCGCUCAACUACUGGCAUUGGUGAUCGAUGGUUUCUCUUCAAUGACGCCGAAGUGAAGAUAUUUGAUCCAUCACAAAUUGCCGCUGAGUGCUUUGGGGGUGAGAUGACAAGCAAAACAUACGAUUCGGUCACGGAAAAAUAUUUGGAUUUUAGUUUUGAGAAAACAAAUUCAGCCUAUAUGCUGUUCUAUGAAAGGCGUACGGAUAGGGACGAACGAGAUCCAAUGAAUGCCGAAAGUGGUCCGAGUUGUGUUAAUGAUGCAUCGAGCUUAAAUACCAAUAAUAAUAACAAUACCUGCAGCAGAAAUAACAAUACCAGCAAUAUGGGGGAUAUGGGUCUGACACAGAACAACACCCCAGCACAGUCACCAAUGCUAGAGGCUAUACCGAGAUCCUUGGGCAAGGAGGCAUCGGAUGGUAGUGCGAGUGCUAAUGAGACUGACCCGAGUAGUGAUUUACUGAUAAAAACUAAUUUAAAUAGAACCAAUUGUGAUAUAGAAGCUAAGGGUAAUUUGGUAGCAUCUACGGCCGUAUCGUCCAGCAACAGCAAGUCAUCAGCAACGGUGUCCAAACGCAGGUCACUCCUCAGCAAGGAACUCGAAGAUUGGAUAUGGCAGGAUAAUAAGCAUUUCCUGCAGGAUCGUAACAUUUUUGAGCACACAUAUUUCAACUUCAUGUGGCAAAUUUGUGGCCAUAUUCCUCAAACAUUGCUAAUGCAGGGUGAUAUCACGUGCAUUGCGGCUCAACUAUCGGUUUCAUUUUUCAUUGAGACAUUUAUACAUGCUAAGGAGAAGCCAACAAUGGUGCUCUGGGUGGAACUCCUCACCAAACAGUUUAACGCCAAUCAGGAGGCGUGCGAAUGGUUCCUCACACAUAUGUCACAGGUGCCAUGGUGGCCUGUUCAAGUGCUCAUUCAGUGUCCUAAUCAAAUGGUGCGUCAAAUGUUUCAACGAUUGGUUAUUCACGUCAUACAACGACUUAGAUUAUCGCAUUCUUCAUUGUACUUAAAAAUUGAGACAAAUGAGGAGGGCAAAGAGGAGAUUGGUAAUGCAUCGUGUGUCACACGAUUCAUUAAAUCGCUCAUUAUGCUGAUGGAGAGCAGUGCAAAGGCCCACAUGCGCAAUCUCUCGGAGUUCUUUGGGCUUUUGUACGAUUUCUCGCGGAUGGGUGAAGAAGAAGCAUUGUUUCUGCUGCGAAUAAACAUCAUUAGGAAUGUGGCAGACUUCUAUCUUGGCCACAAGACGCAGGAUUGUAUUGAUACUGGAUCUGACAAUGAUGAUAAUUCGUCAGAUGAGGCUCUGUCUGUGGAUAAAACACGUCCGGCAAGUUUAGACAAGAUGAUAGCCCUUGUGGCGUCACUUGUUGAACGAUCUCGUGGUCCAGAUUUGCGAUUGCAUCUGUCAUCGCGUGACUACAAUGCCAUUGCAGGUGGAAAGGGUUUCCCAUUUCUCUAUCAACAGAUCAAGGAUAACAUCAAUCCCCAUCAGACACGACAUUUAAUUCAUGCUCUGUGUCGCUUUGAUGAUCGUCUGGCCAAUCAGAUAAUCUCUAUGCUUUUUACUGCUGUGACCAAACAUACUGAACUCUGUGGGCCAUUUUUCAAACUUCUGACACUGCUAACUGAGAAUUCUGUUGGCCCUUCGGGAAUGCCAUGUUUCUCCCAGUUGGUGUUGCAGAGAGUUUGGGAUGCUGCAGAAUAUUGUCCACAAUCAGCUUUGGAUUGGUUAGCAGUUCAGGCACCACGAAAUAAAAUUGCCCACAGUUGGAUAUUGCAAUCGGCUGAACAGUGGGUGGAACCUUUUCUGUUGGCUCACAAUAAUUCCCGUGUUCGCAAUGCAGCUGCCUAUUUGCUUGUUUGUCUUGUACCAUCGCAAUCCUUUAGGGCCAACUAUCGUGUUAGUUCACAUCACAAAUUGAUGCUUCAUGGGCAACAGAAGGAAUUCACGGGAGAUGCACAGAUUAUUGCUCACAAUAUUCUAAGUUUGCUUCUGCGUCUGCUGCGACAGGCUCGCAAUUAUACGGAAAUUGGUUCACAUGGAACAGCCAAAUUGACUGCCUAUUUUACCCUCAUGACCUACCUGAUGGUGUCGAAGACUGAAAAAUUAAUGCUUGGGCCUCAUAUUCGAGCCCUUUGGGAUCUCUUUCAUCCACGUCUCUCGGAACCUGGAGUUCCUGCACAUCACAAUAAACAAGCUCUAUUGGCAUUUUGGCACCAUGCAACCACAGAUUGUCCAGAAAAUGCCCAAAUUGUCGUGAAUUGUCCAGAAAUAACGAGGAAUAUUGCUUUCAACUACAUCUUGGCUGAUCACGAUGAGUCAGAAAUAGUGGCCUACAAUCGCGCAAUGUUGCCGGCCUAUUAUGGUCUGCUGAGGAUGUUUUGCCAGCAGAGUCGAACCCUUACCCGGCAACUGGCUGCCCAUCAGAAUCUUCAAUGGGCCUUUAAGAAUAUCACUCCACAUCCCACGCAGUACGCCAUGGCAGUUGAAGAGCUCUUCAGGCUGAUGACCCUAUUUGCUCAGCGUCAUCCAGAUGCCAGUGAGAGUGAUCAGAGGGAGAUUUCUAACUUUAGGCGGACAACAUUGACGGCAUAUUUGACAGGAUUGGAUGCCAGGGUAUCUUGGGGCACAUUAAUAGCUGCCCUGAGAAUUUUAGUGGAUAACGAUGAAGAUCGUCUUUUUGUGGUACUUCACGGUGGCAUUGCGAUGGCCUUUGAGGCUCUUCAUACACUCCAUUCCAUGUACCAUGAAGCGACGGCUUGUCAUGUGUCCGGGGAUUUGCAGGAACUUCUGGCUGAAUUGGUAUUGUUGGUGAGCACAUUGAGACUGACAAAUCGCAAUGAUCCGAAGAAGAGACUUCAGCCGGGUGUUCUGAAGGGAUUGCAGGAGGGUGUAAGGCGAUUAGCUACCCUCCUGAAUACCUACAAUCCGCCUGAGAUGCGAAAUCUGGCCAUGGAAGUGCUGAAGGAAUUGGUGAAGAAUUCCACAGUGGAAGUCAUCAAUAUUCUCGUACCUCUCCUAACCCACUGCCAUACAGCUUCCCAGAAUUCCACGCAUCCCUUGAGUCAACUUGGCUACUAUUUCCCACGGCGUGGAUCCACGAAGAGUACGUGGCAGUCCAUCUCGAAGAGUGCUCCACGUCCUCCAAGGCCAAUGGUGCAAAUGAGUGUUCCGCAGACGCAAUUGGUGCAGAAGGGAACAGAUAAGGAAUUUGAUGCUGCCCUGGAGGCCUUCUAUAAGCCAUAUCAUGACUUUUUGGAUGUAAUGUUCCGCAUGGCUGUCAAUACGAAUCAAAUGAAUGAAUCAAUUGUCAAUCUCAGUUGCUUGGCUGGAACUGAGGGAACUGCACUGCAUUUCAACUUUUUCCCCAAAUUCUGGGUGGGAGUUUACAAUAAUAAGCAGACAAACAAAUAUGUGGAAUUGCUGACAAAUAAUCCAUUCCUCACUGAAUACAUUGACAUGAUUUUGCGUGAUGAACGAAUCUCCCUCAAUGAUCCAAUUAUCCUCAGUUUCUUGGAGAUCUACUAUCCAAAGAUAACAUCGCGAUUGACAAUUCCACGACUUCUUGACUCAAUUGGCGUCAUUAUUCUGAGCAAGGAGAAUGUUUAUGAUUUGUGCGGAGACAUUCUAGCCAUCAGAGUGAUCGUUGAGAGUACCAAUGAUCUGCCUCAGUGGGUUCAGAAACAACUCCGAUCGGCUCUCUUAGAGGUGAAGGCGAGAUUCAAGGAUGACAUUACUGUUCAUGAAGACGAAUCCCCACCAAAACGACGGAAAAUCAGUGAAAAUGAGGCAGAUGUCUCAGUGAAUUCCAGUGGACAGACCGAUGAAGAAGCUCCAGCUGCAAAAGAAACUUCUGAGAAUACUGAGCCAAGUGUCAAGGAAUCAGUUCCGUCAGAAGCGAGUACUUCAACUUCUGAGGCUGUUGAAAUGGUGGACGUGUCUGGGGAGAAGGAACAAUCGCAGACAACGUCUCCGGACAAAUCCAGCAAUUCCCUGGAGACAGCCAGUCCGCUGAGUAGUCAAAGUGGUGGCUCCACGGAACGCAAAGAGAGACAGAGGUACAUCAAUAAAAUCUAUGAGAACAUUGAUUUGGCGCUAAAGUGUUUGCCUGAGGUGAGUGAGGGGCCAGGAGCAGCAGCUGCAGAAGGGGGAUCGACGACGACGAAGAAGGAGGAGGAAGAGAAGGUAACAGAGAAAGAAAAGACGAUUGAUAAAGAGAAAAAGGAGGAGAGCACAAAAAAGGAUGAAGGUGAGGAAUGUGAGAAAAAUGAUUGAAUCAAAAAAAAAGCAAGUGAAUAAUUUUUUUUAAUCUAUGAAAAAGUUUCAAGUGACUUUUUUUUUAAACUUGAAAGAUUUUUUUUAUAGUCGAUGGGGGAGGCUCAAUAGAAGAAAAGAAAAGAAAAUGUCAUGGUGAAUAACAAAAAAAAAUAAA